ACGAAUAACCAGAAUAGUGAUCUUUGUUAGAGUUUGAGAAGUGGGAACAUGGUCAAAAUUCUUCCUUACAUCACUAAGAAAAAAAGAUAGCGAAGAACCACACUGUUUACCUCUGUUGGUGCCUUUGAGAGCAUUCCAAGAAGCCAGAGGGUGUCAGAAUCCCGUCCUUGGUUGGCGUGACACGUGACACCUUGAAUACACAAUGAGGAAGAAGACGUCCACUGAAACACAACAUAGGAGGCGCGGAAACAAGAGGCCUGCAAAUUGGGCAUCAUCCGGGAAGGCGAGUAUUAAGCAGUUUCAUUGUGAGGCGAGAUGUGUGGCGUGAUGACAGGCCUGCCACGCGACCUUGCGACACCCACCACACCCCACCACGCACCACCACACCACGCCGCUUCAGUAUUGUUACCCAUCCUUCACUGCUGCGUCACUCACUCUUCAAGUCCUGGUGAGCCUCGUGCCGGGAUGACUUUGCCUUUGCUCCGCAGUCCACGUGACCCUGUGGAGGUGCUGGUGAACUGCGAGCAGAGCGUGUGCAGCGCACGCGCCUCCGUCAUGAUCUACGAUGAUGUCAAUAAAAAAUGGCUACCCUCUGGUACUUCCACUGGACUGUCCAAAGUACACAUCUACCAGCACACACUGAACAACACCUUCAGGGUGGUUGGCCGCAAGCUGCAGGACCAUGAGGUGGUCAUAAAUUGUGCUAUCCUGAAGGGGCUCAAGUACAACCAAGCCACCGUCACCUUCCAUCAGUGGCGAGACAACCGGCAGGUGUACGGCCUCAACUUCUCCAGUAAAGAUGAUGCUGAUGCCUUUGCGCAGGCAAUGCUCAAGGCACUUGAGGUGCUCAAUAAUGGAGGAGGCGUGCGUCAAAUGCCUCCGCCACCCCCUCCUGUCACACCUUCACAGCAACAGCAGCAGCAGGUGCAGCAGCAGCAGCAACCACCACCAGUUCAACAGCAGCAACCACAGCAGCCACCAAUGAUGACCCAGCCACAGCAGCCUCAGUACCACAACCAGAUGUACGCCGAGGAGGACAUGGGGUACAGGUACGCUGAGCCCCACGCGUACAGCAACCACUACGAGAAAACCUACGACAGGACCUACGACAACUUCCAGCAUUACCAUGACACACGGACCAUGACACGGGAAGACAUAGCAGUGAUGCAGGAGCGCCGCAUGACCACCCAGCAGAACAUAGGCGCUCCCCCUCCUCCACCUCCCGUGCCAGCCGGCCACCACCGCACCAACUCAGCCCCAAAUAACCCUCCUCCAGCACCUCCUGGACCAUCUAUACCUCCCUCCAGUGGGCCACCUCCUGUACCCACGAGUUGUCCACCUCCCCUGCCUGCUGGUGGACCUCCACCUCUUCCUACUGGAGGCCCUCCUGCUCCUCCAGCUCCUCCCAUGGGAGGUCCACCUGCUCCUCCAGCACCUCCUAUGAGUGGGCCUCCUCCUCCACCUAUGGGUGGCCCUCCUCCACCUCCUGCUCCACCAGCACCUCCACUUGGUGGAGCUCCUCCUCCUCCUCCUCCUCCUCCAGGAGGAUUGGCCAGGUCACAGUCAUCCUCAGAGGAGACCUCUGCCAGCAGUGGUUUGGCAGCAGCGUUGGCAGGUGCCAAAUUACGCAAGACCCGUGCCCCAGACAGUGAGAGCACGGGCUCCAGCAGUUCAGGAGGAAGCAUUGGACGAGGUUCUGGGGAACGGCCUGCCUUGGGGGGAAUGAUGAGCAUGAUGGAUGAGAUGGCUGCAACACUAGCUCGACGUCGAGCCAAGAACAAGGAUCCCCCUUCAUCACCUACUCAGUCUCAGGACCCACCUCGAUCCUCACAAAAGAGUCCUGGCAAUCAGUCCUCCAAUGGGAAGACUGGGCCAGAGUCUCCAAAGCCGCCCCGCAAGAGGUUUGGGUCCACCUCAGAUGAUGGAGCUCCAAGAGUCAAUGGGCUUGGUGAAGGUGGAGCUGGUGGGGGCACUUGUAGUGGAGACCUAGAGAGACUUAAGGAAGAAAUAAUGGAAGAAAUGAGAAAGGAAUUGGACAAAGUUAAACAGGAUAUUAUUGAUGCGCUCAAGAUGGAACUUAAUCGGAGAUAAGUGGCCAACAUGUGUAAUGAAACUUUUUGUUGUUAGAUGAGAUAUUCAUGGCAUUAGAAAAUCAAACUGAAGAAGCCUGAUUAAUGAAUUAGGGGACCACUAAUACUUUUAUCCCAUACUGGAUUCCUUUGGGCAUCUCAAGAACCAAGAAAUGUGAGCCGCCCACCAUUGCUGUCUCUGUUGUCAAAUCUUUGAAAAAUUUAUUCAGAAAAUUGUUAUCUCUUUCAUCAUGUGUGUUAGAUUAUCUUCAUUGGAAUAUUAUGA